AUGUCACAAGGUAUCAUCCAGUCCAUACCCUCUCUUGAUAUCACUCCGGAUAAGAUCGACUUCAGCAAUACCGUUCAAUUGACCCGACCUGAAAAACCGUCAGCUCUAUGGGCCGGCUAUUACGAUCUAUCAGCAUUAACGGAAGAAGAGAAAUACCACUUAAGGGGGAAAUGGGAAGGAGAUGUCCAAUCUAUCAUCGAUAUGAGUAUAACUCAUUUAACAGCUCAAGAAGGAGGUGAUGUCGAAAUUUGUAGACCCCUUUCGUAUGUUGAUGGAAUCAAUUGGUCCAAAGCUGUCUCAAGACGAACAGCAUUGUCCUCAAACCAAAAACCCAGGUUUACCUAUACCGAUCUAAAAAUUCUUCGUAUCUCUCCCAAUUCGGCAUUGGUUGUCACCGAGGAUGAGGAAGGAGAUAUGAGAGUUGCAGCGAGCUUGGUACAAGAUGUUCUGUUGGAAUGCGUAUCGAAGUUGAGAGAAAUUCCCAUUGCGAGUCAUUCGAUAUUUUUCAGUUUCCCUUCUGAGACCGAAGACCAAAUCAACCAAGAUCGUAUCUCAGAUCUCUCGUUCCGAUUCAGGUCAAGUAAGGCUAUAUAUGGUGACAGAACCCACGAAAGAGUGUUGACCAAGGAUGAUCAGAAAGUGUUCGGUCAGAUUAUAAAAGGAGCUUUCGAAACUGCUUCGCGUAUCAGGGAGUUUGAGAGAAACGUUAGUGUCCCUUAUAACGAGAUGUUGACAACGAUCAGCCCACACUUCCAAUUUCGAAGUAACAGUGGACCCCUGCCGGCGGAUUAUUAUAGGCAAGAUUUGAUCAGCAUAUUGAGUCAGCUGACUAGUUUGAAUGGUAUGUCAACUCAACAGGGCCAAACGUUAUCAUUUGGCCUCGAUCCCGAUGACAACUGUGAGAAUGAGCCCGAAAUCCGAUGGGCAGAUUUACCAGAACCUCAUCAAGUACCUUUACCACUCAAUCCGCAAAGUAUCCAGCAUCAUCUGAGAUCUGUCGAAACGAUCAAAAGUGAAUUUACGUACAGGUUCGAAGAAGGUCUUUCGUUUGAUAUUGCGGACCGUGCCUUGGAGUUAUACAAGAGUGGACUAUCAGGAGCGAAGAAGGAUGUUUACUUAUUACUCUGCGAGGAUAUCCUUAAGGAGACAAUCAGUAAGACACCAAGUCGAUGA